UGAUUCAAAAAAUACAAAAAUCUUCUCGGUUUUAUAUUUUGACAGUUUUUAUGUAUUACGCCCGGGAUAAUAAAGAAUUUUAGCAUUACCUUUGUAAUGAGUGCGAAGAAAAGGAGGCUCUCUAGUUCUGUAAGAAAUGAAAGCAGUAUUUUGGCUUCACCUUUGCUCUCAGAAUUUAGCAACAGUUUUGUUGAGAGCAUGAUGUCCAAUGAUGAGAAUACUGACAAAGAGGAAGAACCUCUAUCACUUGUUCAAUCACUUCGAUUGAGAAUGGAUGCAAUGGAGCGUGAAUCAGCAGAAAGACAAAAAGCUAUGGCAAAUUUGCCACACAUGAAAAGAUUCAAAUCAACUAUGAAAAAAAGGCAAAUAAAACAGAUAUUACAAGAGGUGGCAGAUGAAGAAUUGGGAGAAAGAAUUAAAAGUACCAAAAAAAGAAAACGGACUACUAAAUUCUUGGCGAUAACUGGUAUUGAAAAAAGUAUACGGGAAACAAUCAUAGCUGUUGUGCACCAACUGGGUGAAUACGAGAUUCAGGGGGAGGUGGGUGCAAACACAACGCAUGUUGUCUCAGGAGGAAAACGCAGAACAUUGAAUGUUCUCAAAGCAAUUCUCUCUGGCUGUUGGCUCUUGUCUGUGGAAUGGGUCAUGAAAUCACUGGAGAAAGGAUUUUGGCUCAACGAGGAACCCUAUGAGUUAGCAGAGAAGUUUCCUGCUGCAAAAUUGCUAAGGAAGGAAAGGGUUUUGUCACGAUCAACAUACCACUGUAGACUUCUGGCAGACAUCGGCCCAAUCUUCAUCUCACCAUGCACAAGUCCCCCACUAAAUGACAUAACCAAGCUUAUCCAGCUAUCUGGUGGAGUGAUAACUGGUAGUGCUAGAAGGGCAUCAGUGUGCAUUGGUAAAAUCUCGGCUAAAACAGAUGGUGUACAAGUCACUGAGAAAUGGUUACUAGAUUGUAUUACUCGGCAAACUGUUUUACCAUUUGAAGAAUACCAACAGGCAGGCAACUCUUAAUUUAAGACACAUUCCAACAAAAGAUGCCUAAUUGCUGUAUAUAAUAUGUUGUAAAAUGUAAAUAUAUUUUUACAUUUAUAAUGUGGUAAUUAUAUUCCUCUG